UUAUCCUCGAGAGGGAGCCACGCGCGGCUUUUUCUUCGUGUCCUUUGUGGUCGCUGCAGAUGUGAAAAAUCAAAUAAUUAAAUCGACAAAAUGUCAAUUUACUAAGCGAAAAGAAAGGCAUUUUAUACAAUGAUUCCAUUACAUGAAGAUUGUAAGUAUUGUUGGAUACGAGCAAUCACUUUUCAAGUUGGCAUAUUCAAGUAAUACUUGAUGAUAUGCCACUCGACAAUUCUCGCAUCAAUGGAUUUAAAAAAUUGAUUGAAUUUCUGAGAGAUGAUAUAGACAUCAAUCUUAAAACAAGAUUUUUUAAAACAUCAUUAAUGCAAAUCCAGAAAGAAGGAAAGAGAAUUGUCCAAGUUUUACAGCAUCAAGGCAGAGAGAGAUAUCAUCCUGCCAAUGCAACUCAAAUCUGUGCCAGCUUACCAUGAGAAAGAAUUCACUCCAAAAUCAAAUAAACAAAGGCAAGUUUGGCCAUUACUGUAGAUGUUAGAAGUUAAAGAUGUCAAGAACAUCAGAUUACAAAUUACAUGUGUCAUUACUUUUAUGCUGUGACUACCUUUUGGAAAAUAAAAAUUCAAAUAUAACGAAGAUGUUUGUAUUAUGCUAAACAGAAAUUCAAUAUAUAUCUGGAAGUGAUAAACCACUGUCUCCAAGACUGACGCUUAAGUUUCAGUCUAUUAGAUCAAGGAAUGAAAAGAUAUCUGGAGGAUAUAAAACUAAUGACAUCAAUUCAUCGUAUCUUAAAUAUCCUUCUUAUUAUGUUACAAUGGAAACCAAAAGUGAUGUAUAUGAAUUCCGCAAAGAUGAUGGCUCUGUGUCUUCCACUCAUAGUUCCACUUCCACAUCUGACUGUGACUUAUACGACCCUAAAUUAGAUGUUGUAACUAGUAGUAGCAGCCAAGAUAUAGAAAAUAAUUCAUUUAUGAAAGACAAUAAGAAAACUGCCGACGAGACGGGGAACGGUGAAGUAGUGAAUCGUAACGAGAAGGCCGACAAUUCGGAUUCUGGAAGAUUAAAUGGUAAUCGUGUAUCUUCCGAUAGUAAUACUAAGGAAUAUGAUUGCAGCAGUGAAAUGGAAAAGGAAGAAAGUAGACGUAAAAGAAGAAAAAGCAAUGAUAACGCUAAUAUAAAUAGACAUAAUCAUCCUUCUGUCGGUGUUCAGCGAUAUCAUAGAAGUCAAGGAAAUAGGGUUAAUCACCAAUCUGAAGGACAUUCGGAACAGAGAAGUCCGAAAUCUAAAAAACGAGGAAGUAUCUCCAGUUCUGAAACAGAGAGUAAUCAUAGUGAAGGUGAAAACGAGGCACAGGAACGUACUUUCUCUAGUGACGUAACUUCUUUGUCUCAGAACGGAAACUCUGUUCCUCAUUCACCUAAGGUUCCUCCUUUAAAAAUUGUAAUUCCGUCUGGUUCAGGAUCGUUGGAAUCAGAAACGAGGGAAAGAAGUAAAGUGUCUUCUUCCAAGCAAGCUUUGCCUUAUGUUGUUAAUACAGCUGCCGAAUCUUCAGAAAGUGGUUGUGUAGAAUCAUCGACAAAUAAUUCUGUUCAGCCUGAAAAUUCUAAGGAAACUAAAUCUGAAGUAUCAUCUACAAAAUCAAAGGAUGAAUCGCAUCCUCCAGAAGAACGCUUCCAGAGAGUGACUAGGAGUAGUCAUCGUAUUCAGGCAGCUUUAGCGGGUACUUCAACCAACAAUCAUGCAUCUAAUGACCCAAAUCCUCAUUCGCAAAUGGUGUCUUCCAGUGCCCAAAAGGGAGAACUAUCCGGUGAUAGUUCGACAGACGAACAUAAUCAACAGCAAGCCGAGGUACAUCCUCGUAAAAGAAAACUAAGGCAGCGAGAAAAUGCUUCAGAAAACACACAGCAACCUUCGUCGUCGUCGUCAUUUUCGUCGACAACAACAUUGACUUUAGAGGAUCCGCAGCAGCAAUCGCAGUUGUUAAAUUGUUAUCAGAUGUAUCUGAAUAUAAGGAAACAGGUUGAUAAAAGAAGAAGUACAAUGUUUGUGGUACAUCCGAAACCGCCACAAGGAUUUAAAGAUUACUUACUAAAUAGGUGUUCGUACGUGUUGGAAGGAAAUGCAGCGAGUCGUUUAAAUGUGCCAAUGAUUCCUCCACCUCAGUCGUUGAAUGGUUCAAUAAAAGAAUUAUUUAUUCAGCAAGAAAAGGAACGUUAUAAAUUAAGACUGCAACAUCUUAUUGAAAGAGAGAAAUUAGUUCUCUCGGCUGAACAAGAAAUUCUCCGUGUUCAUGGCAGAGCAGCAAGAGCAAUGGCAAAUCAGACAGUCCCUUUCUCUGCUUGUAGCAUUCUUAAAGAUGAGGAAAUAUAUAAUGUACUAGAAUUUGAACAGGACGAUAAAGAUAAAACUGUAAGAUCUAGAUAUAACGGUAGACUCUUUCUAUCUUGGUUACAAGACGUCGACGACAAAUGGGAAAAAAUUAAGGAAGCCAUGUUACUUCGUCACCACAAUGAAGCAGAGUCAUUACAUGCCGUUCAGAAAUUAGACUGGGAGUGGAAAUUGAAAGAAUUAGGACUGUGUGAUGUGAAAACUAUUCCAGCCAUUGACGAUAUUUAUGUGCCCAUAGUACACGUCAGUGACGAUUUCGAUCUACUGCCUGCAUAACUGUGCCUCAAAAUAAACCAUUUUCUCAAAUUAUAAUAAUCCUCAUGCUAAAAAAUGUGAGAUUGACAAACUGAUAAACAUUUUUAUAGAAUUCCUAAUAUCAUAACUUAGUGAUUUCCAACUUACUAAUAAAUCAUUCUAAUGUUCACAUUUACGAUAAAAUUAGUUAAUUAUUCAUAUUUUUUUAAUUAAUUAAUAACCUUUACGUAUAUUAUUCCAAUUAAAAUUUUACCUAAGAUGUGACUAACGAAUAAAAUUCUUAGAUUAAUUAGGUAAGUUUAACAUAGAACUGUACAUAGCGUCUUUAUAUUCAUUUAACAGUUAUGAUCUCAAUUGUAAGUUCUUUUGGAUCGAAUAGCAGGAAGGAAACAUUGUCACGUUAAUAUUUUCAACAAAACGUUCUCAUUGUGGCAAUUUUUAAAAUCUCUAUAGACUAACCGAUUAUCAUUUUGUAACCUCACUCCCAAGAAUGACUUACCAGGUACGUUAGUGCAAACGUGACUACGUCGUCUUCAUAUAUUUUUUAUCUUAAUUAGCUUCCAUAUUAUAUCAAUGUGAAACAAGUUAUGCAGUUUUUAUUUUAUAAAUGGAAUAAGUAGAGAUCAUAGCACAUUGUACAUAUUUGUACAAAUAGAAAUUUGUAUGUUAGCAACAAAACAGGCAAAGAAACUCGUGACGGAGGGAUUCGUCAUCUUUGGGAUCUUUCCACGUUCGACAUUUGGAGUCAAAUCGCUUCAGCAAUUAGUUAUUAGAAGAUGCAGGCAAAGCCUUGUUUACUGUAAGUUAUAUUUUUAAUAUUUUGUUUUGUGUUCUUUUUUUGAAUUGUACUCAAAGUAGUUUUCAAAACUUUAUACUCCUCCUAUUUAAAGAUAAGGAAUUUAAAUUUUUUUUGUUUUGAUAUCAAUGGAAACAUUAUUAUUUUUGCAAUUAGAAUUUUAUGCUGUAAAAUAUAUGACAUACAGACAAGAAUUUACAUUAAAUAUGAUCAUUUAGUUCUGAGAUCUAAAAAGUAAUAUUCAAAAUAGCGAUUUCUUUAAUGAAUGAAAAACUUUUAUCAUAUACUCAAUUAUAAAUUCAGAAAAAUUUAGAAACAUUUUGAGCUUAUUAGGCUCAAAAUGUUUCUAAAAAUACAUUAUUUUAUAUAUAUGCAAAAAAUUAAAUUCUCAUCACUCAUUAAAAAGUAAUGGAUUCUAACGCCACAUCAAAUAAUAAGGAUGUUGGCCAGCAUAAUUGCCGUAAGUGAGGUACUGAGUGUUGCAGUUGUUCAAUUUAAAUAUGAAUGCCGUGGCGUUCUAUCUUUGAUUGUAUGUAUUGUCGGCCUCUAAUGCAAAAAUGUGAAUUUCUGGCGGAAGUAUUAUCAUUUUAUCAAUAUAAUUUUUACAGAUUUUUUUAAAAUUUCAUUUUUCAUUUGCCAAGUUUCCUUAAUCGAGAUACAAUUUGAUAAAUUGUGAACAAAUCAUUCGUUUUUGUAGAUUUGUGUUUGCCAAUAAAUUGUAGGAAUGUUGCAAAAGGGCGAUGAGGACAUUUUGCACCGCUCGUUCUUGUCAUUGUAACAGUUUAACAUGUAAUGAUCUGUUGCUAAAUAUUAGAAAUAAAAUGUAGAAAUUA